AUGUAUCAAUUAGUGAUCGGGUGUUUGCAACGUGCGGUGCUCGUUUGCGGCGAGUUCCUGCUCCGGGUAAUCCGGUGGCUGAACGUAUCGUACUGGAUACCGACACCGAGACCCAACCCACCGGAUACGCUAAACCACAGCAAAUGGGGCACUCAUCGGUACAUCCAAAUUCACGAUAUCAAGCUGCACUACGUCGAGAAGGGGUCGAGUAGCAAACCGCUGAUGCUGUUCCUGCACGGUUUGCCCGAUUUCUGGUACACCUGGCGCUAUCAGAUGCACGAAUUUUCGCAAAACUACUGGACGGUCGCACUCGAUCUGCCCGGUUUCGGUCGCUCGGAACCACCCAUCUACCGUAUCACCUACAAGCUAAACAACCUAGCACGGAUUAUCUCCUCGCUGAUUGUCGCGCUAGGGAAAUCCGAUUGCGUUCUGGUGGGUAACGGCGCUGGAGCAAUACUGGGCUGGCAGAUCGUUAACCAGUAUCCGGAGAGGGUGUCCAAGUACGUUAUGCUCGGUACGCCUUCGGAUGGCGUACUGCAGCAGCUGUACGAGCGUAGUGCCAUUCCGCUGGGAACGCUACUCAAAUCGGCAUUCCUGCUGUACGGAGGGACUUUACCCGUGCUUCUCGGACGUGCUGGUGAUUAUGCGUGGUUUGACGAGCUGCUUGGUGCGAACGCAAAACCACAAGACGUGGAAGCAUAUAAGUACACCUUCGCCCAACCAUCAGCACUAGACCGAGCGCUGAUAGCCUUUCGUGACAAUUUUAUCGACUUUUUCCUGGAGGAGUUCGACUACCGCGUACGCAAACCGUCCAACACACCGGGACUGUUUUUAUGUGGAGAAAAGGACUGGUUAGUUGAUCCGGAGCAAUGCAACGCUUUGCUGUUGUCCAUUUAUCAACCGCUGGAGACGCGCUUUGUGCCACGGGUAGGUCAGUUCAUGCAUCAGGAUGAUCCUAAAGCGGUGAACAAAAGUAUAUCGGAAUUUCUAAGAGGACAUGUAACACCACCAACUCACGUGAUUCAUGAUGAACCGCAGAAACAGAUAUUGGUAAAAGAAAUUUGUAGCAAUUGUUAUGGAAAGGCUCAUAGUAAAACAGAAGAUCAUCACGAAGAUUGCGUCAACAAUUGCGACGGACAGGAGCAUAAACACAUUUUCAACAAUCUAAGAAUUCCUAUUUGUUCUUAA